GCUUGGGGCUGCUUUGCCGAGAACAGUCUGUGAAUGGUGGUGGCCUUCCAGAUCUGUGUGAUAUGCCGGCACAGGCCCUGGAGUCCAGGCGUUUUGUGUGUGUGUACAUGUGUAUGUGUGUCAUUUUCCCGUUCCUGUGUGCACAAUGGUGCCAAACCUAGAUUCAGCUUUUAGUAAACAUUUACUGCAAUAGUAAGUGGAAGAGCCGUUCUUCCUCUAUCCUCAAGGAGGAAAAUGGGACGCAGUGAGUUUUGAGUUUGCCCAGAACCCCACAAGCCACUGGCUCAGGUCCUCUUUGCAGAGCUGGUCUCAAAGACUUUGUGAAACUGCAAAGCCCCAAAUGCUGGCCAUUGUCCCUGCACCAAGAACUGGCUCAACGAAUCACAGGCCCUUCCCCGCAUGGGUCAGGCCCUGCCCUGGACUCCAAACCCGGGGCACGCCCUCCACGUACAAGCUGAAUUGGAUUGCACCUGGCCAAGAAAAGGGAGGUCUUUGGUGUUUGACAGAAAAAUCCCUGCAGCGGCUCGCGGUUGGAGUCAGCAGGAGCCUCCCGGGCCUUGCCAACCCAGUUCUUUCUGCUGCUGCCUUUUCCCUUUGUGAGCCUUGCAGUGAUUGCUGCUGCUCUCCUGCAGGCUACAAUGUGUCAGUUGUUAUAAAAUCCGGGAGGCGGAGCCUAGUGACGAGGCGAGGCGGUGGGGGAGAGCUCGGCUGCCGCCAGCCCUGUAGGGCGAGCAGCGAGGAGUCGGCCGCUUCACGGAAGACGAGCAGUGCAGCGGGAAAACUUGCAGCUUGCUCUGCUGGCUUGGAUCCUCACUCGGCUGUCAGACCUGAGGCACCGGAGGGAGAGGGAGGAUGCGAGAUGACCGUCCCUUUGGCAACCUGACCAUCUCCUUCACUGAGCCUUGGAGGGCGAGCCAGGAGCUGCCUGCAAGACCCAGGAGGCACCGCGCCUCUCUGUGGAUGUGUGCGUGUGUGUGAGCGAGUAAGUGUGUUGUGUGCGUGUGAGGGUGUGUGUGUGUGAGUGUAGAUGUGUGUGUACACACGACUGUGUGUAUGCAUGUCUGGGUGAGUGUGCACGCGUGAUUGUGUGUGUGUGUGUGUGUGUGUGCCUAAGUGCUCUCAGCUAUUAUUUUUUUGGAAGAAAAUUCUUGAAAAUCUGGGGCAGGUUACCAUGCUGCUAGGGUGGGUCUUCUUUUGCAAGAGGAGCUGACCAGAGCAGGCUCACUCCAGCUGUUUCCCUGUGAAUAAAGAACAUUUUCCUCCCUGAAGGAGGAUUGGGGCCCCUGCUUCACAGACCCAGAGCUGGGGAAAGAGGUUAGCUCCCCAAACCCGGGGAAGCAGAGCCGUGUGAUUAUCGUUGCUCAAGAGAGAGGAUACAGGAAGAAAAGGAGAAAGAAACCCAACAGCUUGUCGGUGCCUUCAGCCGCUUUGGAAGAUGUCAUCUCAAACUAAGUUCAAGAAAGACAAAGAGAUCAUCGCGGAGUACGAAGCUCAAAUCAAAGAGAUCCGCACGCAGCUGGUGGAGCAGUUCAAAUGCCUGGAGCAGCAGUCGGAGUCGCGGCUGCAGCUGCUACAGGAUCUCCAAGAGUUCUUCCGCAGGAAGGCUGAGAUCGAGUUGGAGUACUCCCGCAGCCUGGAGAAGCUGGCCGAACGCUUCUCCUCCAAGAUCCGCAGUUCCCGGGAGCACCAGUUCAAGAAGGACCAGUACCUCCUGUCACCUGUGAACUGCUGGUAUCUGGUCCUGCACCAGACCCGGCGGGAGAGCCGAGACCAUGCCACCCUCAAUGACAUCUUCAUGAACAAUGUCAUAGUCCGCCUCUCCCAGAUCAGCGAGGAUGUCAUCAGGCUCUUCAAAAAGAGCAAAGAGAUUGGCCUGCAGAUGCAUGAGGAGCUCUUGAAGGUCACCAAUGAACUCUACACGGUCAUGAAGACCUACCACAUGUACCACGCGGAGAGCAUCAGCGCCGAGAGCAAGCUGAAGGAGGCAGAGAAGCAGGAGGAGAAGCAGUUCAACAAGUCGGGAGAGCUCAGCAUGAACCUGCUGCGGCAUGAGGACCGGCCCCAGCGUCGCAGCUCUGUGAAGAAGAUUGAGAAGAUGAAGGAGAAGAGGCAGGCAAAGUACUCGGAGAACAAGCUCAAGUGCACCAAAGCCCGCAACGACUACCUGCUGAACCUGGCAGCCGCCAAUGCGGCCAUCAGCAAGUACUACAUCCACGAUGUCUCGGACCUGAUCGACUGCUGUGACCUGGGCUUCCAUGCCAGCCUGGCCCGCACCUUCCGCACCUACCUCUCGGCGGAAUACAACCUGGAGACGUCGCGCCACGAGGGCCUGGAUGCCAUUGAGAGCGCCGUGGACAGCCUGGACUCCCGGAGCGACAAGCACACAGUCAUGGACAUGUGCAACCAGGUUUUCUGCCCACCGCUCAAGUUCGAGUUCCAGCCCCACAUGGGGGAUGAGGUGUGCCAGGUCAGUGCCCAACAGCCCGUGCAGACAGAAUUGCUCAUGCGGCACCACCAGCUACAGUCCAGACUGGCCACACUCAGGAUUGAGAACGAGGAGGUGAGGAAGACCCUGGACGCCACCAUGCAGACCCUGCAGGACAUGUUGACCGUGGAGGACUUCGACGUCUCCGACGCCUUCCAGCACAGCCGCUCCACCGAGUCCGUCAAGUCGGCCGCCUCUGAGACGUACAUGAGCAAGAUCAACAUCGCCAAGAGGCGAGCCAACCAGCAGGAGACGGAGAUGUUCUACUUCACGAAAUUCAAAGAGUAUGUGAAUGGCAGUAAUCUCAUCACCAAGCUCCAAGCCAAGCACGACUUGCUCAAGCAGACUCUGGGUGAGGGGGAGAGAGCAGAGUGCGGCACCACCAGGCCCCCCUGCCUUCCCCCUAAACCACAGAAAAUGAGGAGACCUAGGCCUCUCUCAGUGUAUAGCCAUAAGCUCUUUAACGGCAGUAUGGAAGCGUUCAUUAAGGACUCAGGCCAAGCCAUACCGCUCGUGGUGGAGAGCUGCAUCCGAUACAUCAACUUGUAUGGACUGCAGCAGCAGGGCAUCUUCCGGGUGCCCGGGUCUCAGGUCGAGGUCAAUGACAUCAAAAACUCUUUUGAGAGAGGUGAAGACCCCCUGGUGGACGACCAGAACGAGCGCGAUAUCAACUCUGUCGCUGGCGUUUUAAAACUGUAUUUCCGAGGACUGGAAAACCCACUCUUUCCUAAGGAAAGGUUUCAGGAUUUGAUAUCCACUAUUAAACUGGAGACCCCAGCAGAGAGGGUGCACCAGAUCCAGCAGAUCCUUGUCACCCUGCCCCGCGUGGUCAUCGUGGUCAUGAGAUACCUCUUCGCCUUCCUCAACCACCUCUCCCAGUACAGUGACGAGAACAUGAUGGACCCCUACAACCUGGCCAUCUGCUUUGGGCCCACUCUCAUGCACAUCCCUGAUGGGCAGGACCCCGUAUCCUGCCAGGCCCACGUGAACGAAGUCAUCAAGACCAUCAUCAUCCAUCAUGAAGCCAUCUUCCCCAGCCCUCGGGAGCUGGAGGGCCCUGUGUACGAGAAGUGCAUGGCCGGAGGCGAGGAGUAUUGUGACAGCCCUCACAGCGAGCCAGGCACCAUCGACGAAGUUGACCAUGACAACGGCACUGAGCCGCACACCAGUGAUGAAGAAGUGGAGCAGAUUGAGGCCAUUGCCAAGUUUGACUACAUGGGCCGGUCCCCACGGGAGCUGUCUUUCAAGAAGGGGGCCUCGCUGCUGCUAUACCAUCGUGCAUCCGAGGACUGGUGGGAGGGCCGGCACAACGGCGUCGACGGGCUCAUCCCGCACCAGUAUAUCGUGGUACAGGACAUGGACGAUGCCUUCUCCGACAGCCUGAGCCAGAAAGCGGACAGCGAGGCGAGCAGCGGGCCCCUGCUGGACGACAAGGCCUCCUCCAAGAAUGACCUGCAGUCUCCGACAGAACACAUCUCUGACUAUGGCUUUGGUGGUGUAAUGGGCCGAGUGCGGUUACGAUCCGAUGGAGCGGCCAUCCCCAGGCGCCGAAGCGGGGGCGACACACAUAGCCCACCCCGUGGCCUGGGCCCCAGCAUAGACACGCCACCCCGGGCCGCCGCCUGCCCCAGCAGCCCCCACAAGCUCCCCCUCACCCGGGGCAGGAUCGAGAGCCCCGAGAAGCGGCGGAUGGCAACAUUUGGGAGCGCUGGCAGCAUCAACUACCCCGACAAGAAGGCGCUGUCCGAAGGGCACUCCGUGAGGUCGACCUGCGGCUCCACGCGGCACAGCAGCCUGGGGGACCACAGGUCCCUGGAGGCUGAGGCCCUGGCAGAAGACAUCGAGAAGACCAUGAGCACGGCCCUGCAUGAGCUGCGGGAGCUGGAGCGGCAGAACACGGUCAAGCAGGCGCCCGACGUGGUGCUGGACACCCUGGAGCCUCUGAAGAACCCUCCGGGGCCCGUCAGCUCGGAGCCCGCCAGCCCACUGCACACCAUCGUCAUCCGGGACCCCGACGCCGCCAUGCGCCGCAGCAGCAGCAGCUCCUCCACCGAGAUGAUGACCACCUUCAAGCCGGCGCUGUCCAGCCGCCUGGCCGGCGCGCAGCUGCGCCCGCCGCCUGUGCGGCCCGUGCGGCCCGCCGUGCAGCACCGCUCCAGCAGCAGCAGCAGCUCGGGAGUCAGCAGCCCCGCCGUGACGCCCACCGAGAAGAUGUUCCCCAACAGCUCCGCCACCACGGACAAGUCCGGCACCAUGUGACCCGCGGCGGGGGCGGGGCAGGGGGCGGGCCCCGUUGUGGCCGCCGGGAGUGUCAUCCCGGAGGUCUGCCCGGAGUGGGGGUUCCCCCCCGCGGCAGCUGCAGGGCCCACUCAGAUGUGGGAAUCCUAUGGGCCUGUGCCGUGUGAGCAGACACCAUGGGGGCGCAACGGAGCAGCUGCUCCCCUGCUUCUGUGCGUGUUGUCACUGGAACCCACUCCCCUGACGUUCUGCAUACGUGUGUAUGUGAGUGUGCGUGUGCAGGUGGACGGAUGUGCGUAGGUGUGUGUACAUAUAUAUAUUUAUGCAUCUCUAUACAUAUACUAGGUCGGGACACACACAUACUAAAUGUAUAUAACCUCCCCUUUUUCUUUUUAUGAAACUUAGAGUUACCUCAGACCCGUGCCACCAAACACCUCCAGGGGAGUUAUUUGGUGGGAUUUGCAGGGAUCUUUCCUGGGAGAACCCUUUGGCCCACAGUGAACUGCGAACGAAGCAAUACACCACUCA